GGCUGGGAGUUGUAGUUCGGGCUUUUUGAGUUUCGGGUCUGGGGAGUUUGUGUUGAGGCGGAAGGCUGACUGUGACGGGGGUGGGGGGAAUGUGAACUCCCGGUAUCGAGGGGGACAGAUGGAGCUGGAGCUGGAGCCGGAGGAUGGGAGUGGGAGCAUCGCUUUAGAGAGCGGCCUGACCGCUAUCGGCCGGGGCCCCAAGCUCCGGGUUUCUGAUAAACGAGUGUCCAGAAACCAUGGUCUGCUGGAGGUCGUUGAUGGGAAGUUGCGCAUCAAACCAUUGCACGUUAAUCCAUGCUUCUAUCGGUCCUCAAGUGGAGACCAGCUUCUGCCCCUGGAGAAAGAUAAAUGGCACUGGCUGAAUCCAGGCGACUCCUUUUCUUUGCUGCCAAACAAAUAUAUAUAUAAAGUCAUCACUCCCAGUUUUGACCACACUUUAAGAAACAGUGAUCUGUCAAGUUUUGAGGAUAUCACCGAUGAGCAGUCCAAUUCUCAGGGAAGUUUGCGCAUGGGUAAAGGGGAUGUCAACGAAGGCCAAGAUGUAUCUCAGGGUUACACAGAAAAGCCCACUGUAUCAUCUGGGGCUUUGACAACAGAUGAUCAUUCCCGACAGCAAUCCAGUGCAACUGAACCAAAUAGCAUUUUGGAGAACACGUCAAAGAGUGAGCUACUGAAGACAAGUCAUGCACCACUGAACUCUGUGCAGCGGAAAAGGACCUUGCCAGCGUGGAUGCUUCAAGUUAUGUCAGAAAUACAAAACCCUUCACCUGCAAUCAAUAAAAAAGGUAACAGAAGGGGAAGAGAAAGAAGUGAUGUAGAACACACCAAAACUCAGACAACCCAGCCAGGGAGAAAGAGACACAAGACCUUUGAGAAUGUUGAAGAAAAUGAAGCAAUGGAUCAACCACAGGAGAAAAAAGGUAGGAGGAGGAAACUGGAGCCAAAUGAAGAUGAAAAGCAAAGCAAGAGCAAUACUAAAGGGAAUACUCUUGGCACAAGUUCCAGUAAUGUGAAAGGGGAAAUGAAGAACAAUCUCAAUGCAGCUUCCGAGGCUAACAGGAACCAGAGGUUUGAUGAUGAUGACAAAGGCAAAAACCAAUACAACCAUGACCCACGGCAACCAUGUGAAGUAAGCGACUGGGUAAUGAGUGAUAAAGAGGAGGAGGAGAAAGAAGUGGAACUGAUGAGCAGACAAGGUGAGCAGGAGAGUGUGCAGCAAUCGGAAGCCUCACAUGCACGCAGGCAAGAUGUUCUCAAUAAAAGCAGAAGCCUAGAACCUGAUGAAUCAGAACCAAUAGAAGAUGCAAGUGCUUCUCAAACCAUACAGCAGAAGAAGCCUCGGAGAGCCCCUUGCAUGUAUGGAAGAAACUGUUACAGGAAAAAUCCAAUGCAUUUUCAAGAGUUGAGUCACCCUGGCGAUGCUGAUUAUGAAGACUCAAUGGAUGAGGAGGAGGAUGAUGACAAACCAGAGUGUCCUUUUGGUACAACUUGCUAUAGGAAAAACCCACAACACAAGAAGGAAUACAAGCACACACAACCUCCAGAAAGUGAAUUAAGAAGACCGAGAAGGAAUGUUGCUCAGAAAGGUAAAAGAGGUCUGGGUGAUGAGAAUGACGAUGAUGGUGAACCCAACCAGUAUGACCUGAAUGACAGUUUUAUUGAUGAUGAAGAGGAUGAUUUGGACCCUACUGAUGAAGAUUCUGAUUGGGAGCCAAGUUCAGAUAGCAAUGAAGAUAUUGAUACCCUUACAAAAGAAGCCAAUAGAUUUGUAAACAAUAAAAAAUGAAACUAGUCCUUGCAUCUUUUUAAUUUAGAACACCAAUUGAUUCUGUUUCCUUCUGGUUGCACUGAAGAGGACACUUGUUGGCUUGAGUUUCUUUUACAGUUGAGGAUCACACUAUGUCCUCUUGAUAGUUAUCCAAAUCUAUUGUUGUUAUUAUCUCCUGUCAAUUUGAAAUGAGAGUUAGUUCACUGAGGGAGCCCUGGAAAUGUAUUUUGCGCAUUUUUUAUGUCGUCUGAAAGCUUCUAUGAGCAGUUACAAGUAGGAGAUGAGCAUAAAGUUUUCAACUUUGCUUGUUGCUAGAAAAACAUGAAGGAGGGAAGUUUCAGUAUAUUGUUACUUUGCCCUUGCUAUAGAGAAAAUGAAGGACUUAUUUCUGAUCCAGCUCCUUUGCAGCUUUCUCCUCAGUAGCAGACUAGGUGUUGUAGCACAAGAGUCCUCAGGUUUUUGAAAUUUUAGUGCAAAGUUUGAUUUUGUUUUUUUUUAAAAAAAAGGACUGUAAUAGGUAAGAAAAGAGCAAAAAGAAAAGAAGCAUUAGAGUUUUACUGUGCAGUUAGUGUCUACAUUUCUGUUGACUGAUUCAGGCUUUCCCACCAGAAUUGAGCAGAACUGCUUAUGUGCAGUCAUUUGCAAAACACCUCUGUUUUGGAAUGGAGAGGCAAGGGAGCUCCACAUCACAAAUAGUGCUUUUGAAUGCCAGGCGCCUACCACUAUUCCGACAGCAGAUGUUCUCUCCUUCCAGCUGCCUAGCUUCAUGAAUCCAGACAUAAAGCAAUAAGAAAAUAAUUUGAAAGAUAAAAUGUCUGUGUGACUGACGUCAACUCAUCCAAAAUGCCAAAGUUCUGAUUUGAUCUCCCAGAGUCACCAACAAAUUACAAACAUAACGAACUAGGAGCAGGGGUAGGCUAGUCGGCCCAUUGAGCCUGUUGUGGUGUUGGUGGAAUCCCGGGAAUUUAAGUGAUGCAGCCUAAUAUGACAGGGCUGCUUCAAAUAGAAACAGUGCUCUAAUACGCGGAAGAGUCUGAUGUAAAUUUUGACUUCUGAUUUUGGCAGCCAUCCUUUUGCGAUGGCUCGUGUGGAUCUGAGCCAUCCAACUCCCAGGGGGAUUCCACAACUAACCUGUGUGGGCUCUCUGCCCAUCUGAGCUUAGAAACAAAAGGCCUUUGGCACCCCCAACAACAGAAUUCAUACCUGUCGCCAACAAAGCCUGCUCUCAUAACAGUGCUACUACUGAUGUCUGGGCUGUCGCUGGUGAUAGUGCUGUAGAUUAAUGGGGCCAUAAAUAGAAUAGAAAAGGUAGAUGAAAUUUUUAAUGUCAAUUGGAUGCCAGAUAGUUGCUAUUAAUGCUGAGUUUCACAUUGCUGCGGAUGAAAACAUUUGUAAAUUGUAAAACAUUCCUGAAGGAAGCCUCAUUUACAUGGAUCGUGAAUGUCCCAGUAAAAUAUUACAUGUGUAGUCCUAUGCUGCCCAUCCCCAGUAAAUCUGCUGCCUUCCUGUCAACUGAUGAAACCAUCCACCCCUUUUCAUGCGGCAAAGCUCUGUGGCUAUGACAACAAUGGCAACAUGAAAGAUCAAAAUGGAAACUUGCCCUGGUGGGAUAAGCUCAAGUCCUACUACUUAAUGGCACUCCAUCAUUCAGAUACCCAGUGCAAUAUGCAGCCUUACAAAUAUUGAUUUUAAGUGUGAUCCUCUGUACAAUGCAUUGCUUGUAGAUAUACCAAAAAAAGUUAAAAUCAAAACAUUUUUACCUUGUAGAUUGAAUGUAUAUUUGAAAUAAUUCUUUACUUUUAUAAAGCAGAAGCUUGUUUAUAUGAAACCAUUGGAAAAUAAUUGGUGUACAGAUCUGGCAAUAUAAUACACAUUGUCUUGCUGAUUUCAGUUGUUUUGGUUUACUUUAUAAAUUAAAUUCGGUAAGUGGGGAAAUUGUGUUUCAUUGGAAACUAAUUAUGCAUAUCUAUUAUACUGAAAAAGAGACAUGCUGUCAAAGCUUUUUGUCUUGCACUCAUCAUGAUAUUGUCUACUGCAAGCCCAUUUUCACUGGUUAAUAUGUGUUGAGAUUGUAAAUAGGGCCUGAGCCAUUUGCUAACCAUGUAAGUUUGAUGCCAAAUUAGGGCACAUCAAAGACAUCCUGCAGGAUAAUGGCUACCCUGAUCAGGUCAUUGCACGAUAUACAGCGAGCAAACUCAUGAGUGGGCCUAAGACCACCAAGUUCAGUCCUGAAAAGUGCCCAGUAUACCUCAGAGUACCCUAGAAGGCUAAGGUGUCUGAAAGAUUUGAGCACCAGGUGAAGCUAGCCAUUUCACACUGCUUCUAUGUAACAGCAACAUGAGUGGUACUUUCAACUAACAGGAUGUUGCCAUCAAGCCACAAAGACACUCUGCCUACCACACAAAUGAGUGAUGGGAUAUGUGAAUUUCAGUGCUGGUGUGAUACCAAGUUUGUAGGCCAUACGUUCCAAUGACUGUGGGAUCGUAUCAAACAGAAUGUCCCUUCAGCUGUUCACAACAGGCAAAGUACUGACCAUAACCAACCAGCCUGUGCUUGCAAAACUCAGAACAUAGGGCCCAAUAUUACUUGUGAUUUCAUGAUUGGACAACACUUGCUAAACAAUCCUGAUUGUGCUAAGAAUUACACUGGCAACCAAUUUAAGAUUAUCAGCUGGGCUUGCAGUGUGGCCCACUUAUGUGUGUUAGAAGCUACAUAUAUUCACACACACAGCCCUGUACUUUGCAAACAGAGCAUACCGAUCAUUGCUCCUUUUUUCAAAUAAACAAAAGCAUGGGGGACAGCCAUCCCCUGCUUCAUUCCCCAUGACAAUGCCUUGACCAAUCAGAGUUGAUCUGCCUGGUUUGAAUUUAAACAAAAGCUUGGCAGUUAACUGUUCCCUGGUACAUUCACCAUGGCAAUGCCUCUACCAAUCAGAGUCCACUUGCUAACCAAUCAGCACCCUCUUCUCAUGCAGUAUAGAUUGUUGUUCCCUUUGAAAUUUGGUAUUCUUGCAAAUCUGUCCUGAUGGAAGACGAAAAGCUUCAAUAGUGUGUCCCUUUUUUUCAGCAAUACUCAAGCUCAAUACUACCAAGUGACUAUCUGUUAUGCUGGUAGUAGAUUUUGUUUUCAUGCUAAAGAUUGCUGUACUGUGUGACACAAUACCUACCAAAACCAUCAGAUUCCUACAAAUCAUUCAAAAUGUGUUCUGAAUUUCUUUUCAUGCACUACCUUUGUUAACUGAAAUAAUCCAAAAUAAAUGAAAAAAUUCUUUUAAAA